CGUGGCGAGGGAGGCAAGCGCACGCCCGCCCAGCCAGCCAGCUUGCCGGCUUCUCCCCUCGCCGCCUCCCAGGCUCCGCUGUGCGCCGCCCUCGAAGCGCAGCCCUCCUCCUCCUCCUCCCCCCACCCCCCGCUCCGGCCAGGCCCUCCGGAGGGUGAGCCCAGCGGCCCGGGCGCGUCGCCGUCUCUUCGCUGCGCUCUCCAGCUCCGCCCGGUGCCACCGACCAGGCGCGGGAGGACCAUGGCCAAAACCGAGCAGGUCCUGAGCCUGGAACCGCAGCACGAGCUCAAAUUCAGAGGCCCGUUCACAGAUGUCGUCAUUACAAAUCUGAAACUUGGCAACCCUACAGACAGAAAUGUUUGCUUCAAAGUCAAGACUACAGCGCCACGCAGAUACUGUGUGAGGCCCAACAGUGGAAUUAUAGAUGCAGGAACGUCUAUUAAUGUCUCUGUGAUGCUACAGCCCUUUGAUUAUGACCCUAAUGAGAAAAGUAAACACAAGUUCAUGGUUCAGUCGAUGUUUGCGCCAACUGAUACUUCAGACAUGGAAGCGGUAUGGAAAGAAGCAAAGCCAGAAGAACUCAUGGAUUCGAAACUUAGAUGUGUGUUUGAGCUGCCAGCAGAAAAUGAUAAACCUCAUGAUGUAGAAAUAAAUAAAAUUAUAUCCACAGCUGCAACAAAGACAGAAUCUUCUGUAAUGUCUAAAUCAUUAAGUUCUUCUUUGGAUGACAGUGAAGUUAAGAAAGUAAUGGAAGAAUGUAAGAGGCUGCAAUUAGAAGUUCAGAGGUUACGGGAGGAGAACAAACAGUUUAAGGAAGAAGAUGGGCUGCGGAUGAGGAAGUCACCCCAGACUAACCACCCAAUCUCUGCUUCUGCUGCCGUGAAGGAGGAGGGUCUCAGCACUAGACUACUGGCCCUGGUGGUCUUGUUCUUUAUUGUUGGUGUAAUUAUAGGGAAAAUUGCCUUGUAGAGGCAGCAUGCUCGAGGAUUGUAAAUCGGAUUGAGGGAUCUGCCAUAUCAUUGGAUUAAAUUUAUUCAUAACAAAUGUUUAAAAAAAAUGUAUGACAUCUCACAGGUCUUGCCUUUUAAAUUUUUACCCCCCCUCCCCCCAGGCACAAAUAUAACAUUUAACAUAACAUAAUCUUCUAGAAAGUUUAAGAUGCACAAGGAGUAAGCAGGAGAAUAAAGGAGUUGCGAGCAAUGAGGAAGAUAAUCAUGAAUUUAACACUAUUAUGCUGCAUUGUUCGGAAAGAAAAAAGUCACUUUAAACAUUUCUCGGAACUUGGUUCAUAUUACUGGACUUCUCUUCUUGUGGAGGGUUGUGGGGGAGGAAGAGAUUCCUCUGAGGGAGCUAGUCCUUUUUUGGAUACCUGGAGGUUGGCUUAAACAGGAAUCGUGUUGGCUUUUCGUCAAAUAUAUUAAACCGCCGUUCCUCCACAUACGUUUAACAGUUCUGUCAAGUGGGUGUGACUCUGAUCUCUGAAUCUGUCUGCUGUGUUACUCCUUGAGCUGCUCUUGAGAUUCAUCCCAAACAGGCAGCCUGGCCUGGCCUCUCCCAAGUCCCCGUGUUGUCCGCAGGAGCAUUGAUCUGCUGUCAGUGCCACCGUGGAGAGUCACGAUUCCGGGAGGAAGAAAGAAGGGCUAGUAGCAGGUUGGAGGGCUCCUGGCUCCUCCCCUCCCCCCCCCAGGCAACCAGCGGAAUCAGAGCUACAGAACUGAGGGGUGGUCUUGCAGUUGGUCCUAGUUGCAUGCAGGAUAGAUGCAAAGACGAGGUCUCGGAAGGCGGUGGGGGGGCGUGGAGCAGAAUAGACGGAGAGAUUGUGGGAGGGGGCUCAGUUUCUGUGCCGCCUCGUCAGGGAGACAGACUUGAUAGCCGCUAAGUGGCUUGAUUUGACAUCAUAGGGACCCACUUCCCUAGCCUUCGUUUUGUCAGAUAGCAGAACGGCACUGGUCACUGCGUUACCCUCCCUCCUUGGUGUUAGUUCAGUCAGAUGAAAUAGUUUUCUCCUGUCUGUCUGUCUGUGUUCCACUGGAGAUGACAUCGUGUUAACGGGGACCAUGGGCUUUGCCUCCUUGUCCGUCACAUCCUUUUAUUUUGUUGCCUCCGCUUCUUGUUGUAUUUGUGGAAGUCUUCUCCACUCUGGCCACUGCAGCCAACUCCCACAAGCGUACCCACACAUUGCAGCGUGUGCGCGUUUCAGUGAUGUCUCUCGUAAAGUCUUCCUUCUCUAUCCCCUACAUUCUUGUGAAGCUUUUGAAGAGGAGGAUUUGGGGAUUGAGUCAUGUGACCUGAGGUGGUGGGGGGAAUGCAUCUCCUUCUGGGUGCCCACCAGUAGCAGAUCUUCAUUCAGUGCCUGCUACCUUCUCCAUUUGCCCCCAACAACAACUCUCGGCAACUCAGUUGCAGAGAGAUCCCCCCCCCCUUUGUUUGCCCUUCAUCUGCUUAGUUCUGGUUUUGAAUAGUGCUCAAGAUGGAGAGAUCGUCUCUCCCUCUGAGUGAGACUCAUGCUGGUGGAUCAGGAAAUGACAUAGGCAGAAGUUCUGGUCCUAAGCAAAUAAGUUCACUGCCCUCUGUGUGGGAGAGUUGUACGAGGGUGAAUAGGUUUAGGCCCACAGCUCUCUGAUCUCUCUCACUGUGUCUCCAUUUUAACUUGGUUCUAGACACUAAAGCAGUAAACAGCUUCAAGCUAACUUGGGCUGUAUGGAGAGUCAACUCGAACGGUCCUCUAUUUAGCCGGCUGUGAGGAUCGAGCAUCGUUGCCUUGUUCAAGCGGGACCAAUUACAGUUGCUAUUGGUUCGUGUAGCAGAAUUAAAACUCUUCAUAGUCAAAGACACAAAACGUUUAAUGCAUAUUUAACUUAUUUAAUGUAUCUCAUCUCAUGUUUCCCUUAAUGGUUGCAGAAAUUUGACUACUGCUAUGUAAACAGUUAAACGAGAGAGGAGGGGGAAAGGGCACCUGUUCAAAACUGGUGAAUAGAACUAAUUUUUAUAUUUCUGUUGCUGUAGUGAUGAUGGAUUCUUCCGCCUCCUUAAUGCUUUGGGCACCACAGUUGUCAGUUUUGAUCAUCUAAACAUUGGGGAAAACAGCGGUCAGGAAACUUUUUUUGUACAUAAAAUAAGUCUAUGUAGGGGAAAAAUUAGUAGGAAUUAGUUCUAUGCUGUUCAAAAGAAAAAGACCAAUCCUGUUUGACUAUGUAGCAUCUUUAAAAAUCAAAUAAAUCUCCCCCCAAAUUAUUGGAAA